CGGUUCAUCUCUCCGGAACUGAAGAUCUAGGUAUCUAGUAGGUGAAAACGGUCAAAGGCAAUUUGUCCGUUUUUGUCUUUUGCUCUCCAGGCAUCAACUUAUUUCCAAAAUGAGGAUCUUCCGAGCCUUAUUCAGUGUCGCGGCCAGGGCGCCCAAGGAGUACAGCAGCUAUGAAAGGUUCAUGUACAAAGCAAACGGCUACUGCAAAUACGGGCUGCUAAAGGAUGACCUUCUCAGCGAGCACAGCGAUGAAGUGGUUGAAGCUUUGAGGAGGCUCCCGGAAGAAACCUACCUCCAGAGGGUUUUCCGCACCAACCGUGCUGCUAAUCUGUCUAUGACCCACCAGAUCCUCCCAGAGAGUCAGUGGACAAAGAUUGAAGAGGAUCUCCCAUACCUUUCCCCAAUCCUUGAAGAGGUUGAGAAAGAAAUUGCGGAGAAGAAGAACUGGGAAGACAACAACCCCCUGUAGAGAGCUGAGCUCAAUGUAAUCUUAGAAUGUUUUAUUUUACCGGGCACUUUUUCGGCAAGGCCGGGAUGAAUGUAUGUAAAUAUCUGUGUACAUGAUCUUUUUUUGGAAUCCCUUACUGGGAACGUUGAAACUGUCAGGCAAUUAAAUAUACUUGUCAAGUAAUUCACA